AUGGUGUUUGACGGCACGACCAUCACCGCAGUGCAGUUCCGUAAAGGCAUGCUAGGCCCGCUGGCGAGAGGCAAGCACCUCGCCACCGACUACGCCGAGGAGGCGAAGCGGAGUGCCAAGGCCGCGGCGUGCGCGGCCAACAACUACGACUUCAUGACGUGGGCGGCGAGCACACGCGGCGGCAUUGGCCGCGAGGCGGCGGAGUGGUUCACCACCGGCUUCGCCGCCAAGGUCGCCCUGGCGCGCUCCGACGGCGAGAAGUGGCGAGUGCGCAACGAGCGCAAGCGCCUCCUGCAGCAGCACUCGGCCAUCAUUGCGAGGCGCAACUGGGAGAUCACCCAGCGCAACGCGUGGCCGAGGAUGGGCGGCGUGGCGCCGCGAGCGCCGCCAGUCGAGUAG